AUGGUCCUCAUUUCUCUACAGUAUUAUGCAACUGGAACUUUCCAAGCCAUGAAACGUGACUUUGCUCAAAUUGCUCGAAUGCGGGGAGUUGUGGGGCUUAUUGAUGGCACACAUGUAGAGAUUCAAAGGCCGUUUCAGUAUGAAAAAGCCUUUUUAAACCGAAAAAACAAACAUUCUUUGAAUGUUCAGGUAAUCUGUGGUCCAGAUUACAAAUUUUACAGCGGUUUUCCUGCGCUUCACUAUAAGAUUAGGAUGACUCCCACCAAAGCAUCUUGGGUCAUCGGGGCAUGUAGUGUGCUUCACAACAUCGCCAUCGAUCGCAAUCAACCUCUCGAUAACGACUGGGGAGAAGAUGAUGACGAAGAAGAUAAUGAAGAUCCUCUCCCGAUUGAUGGUGCUGGUCGUUCAGCUGCAGUCGAACGCCGCUUAGGAAAGGAAAAAAGGGACAGAGUAGCCAGGGAGACUUUUGGAUAUGAAAACUUUUGA